AUAAAUUAUCAAUUGUAUGCUGUUAAUGUCAUCAGUAACGAUUUAUUCGUAGCUUAGUUUACAACUUAACUUUCAUAACAAAACAAAAUACCAGCAACAUGAAGUUCGCAGUAUUCACCGUAGUCGUGCUUGCUUUGGUCUUUAACGCCCACUCCUCCGUCAUUGGAUUGGAAGGACUUGGACCAAUUCUUUCUGUCUCAGGACCUGCUAUUGUACCCGCUGUUGUUCCAGGUGGAUCAGUUGCUAUUCAAGCCUCCGUUCCUCAACCAAAUCUAGGAAGUGUUGCUAUUCAAGCUUCAACUGGCAUCGUUUCUGUACCAUCUGUUGUGAGUGUUGCUCAACCAGCAGUUGCUGUUGCCCUUCCAGCUCCAGUAGCUCCAGUCGUUGUUGCCGCUGAAGGUACCUAUGUUGCCAAGACACGGGGUGCUGUUCACGUAGCACCUUUGCCAGGACAUUUACAAUCUGCCGCUUCAGUCAAUCUAGAACCAGCACCAGGAACUUUGUAAAGAUCAUUUUUAUUGGAAGUCCCCAAAAACGUUCACCCCUUUUUUUUGUAGACUGAAAUUCAAAUUAUAUUUUUUUGCUUUUUCCCGCCCUUAAAUUAAAUUACUGCAAACUUUAUAA